AUGCGGCGCUACCUGCGCGUCGUGGUGCUGUGCCUGGCCUGCGGCUUCUGCUCGCUUCUCUACGCCUUCAGCCAGCUCGCCGUGUCCCUGGAGGAAGGAGCGGGCGGCGUUGGCGGGAAGCCGCAGGCCGCAGCGGCUUCCUGGCUUGGGGGCGAUGGACGCGGAGCCGGGAGAGGGGUGGGCAGCUCGGGCUCUGCGGCGCAUCACGGCCGGUCAGACAGGUGUAAAGAGUUCUCUCUGUGUUACUGGAAUCCCUAUUGGAUGCUGCCCUCUGAUGUUUGUGGAAUGAACUGCUUUUGGGAAGCGGCCUUUAGGUAUGGUGUGAAAAUGCAGCCCAUUGAGAGAGUGCACCUAGCCGUGGUUGCCUGCGGGGAAAGACUGGAAGAAACCGUAACCAUGUUGAAGUCAGCGCUCAUCUUUAGCAUCAAACCUCUUCAGUUCCAUAUUUUUGCUGAAGAUCAACUGCAUGAUAGUUUUAAAGGCAUACUUGACAGCUGGUCUUUUCUGCAAACAUUUAAUUAUUCAUUAUACCCGAUAACUUUUCCAAGUGAGAAUGCAGCAGAGUGGAAAAAACUAUUUAAGCCGUGUGCUUCCCAGAGAUUGUUCUUGCCAUUAAUCCUGAAAGAAGUUGACUCACUAUUGUAUGUCGACACUGAUAUCCUUUUUUUACGGCCUGUUGAUGAUAUUUGGUCUUUGCUAAAGAAGUUUAAUUCCACACAAAUUGCCGCAAUGGCACCAGAGCAUGAAGAGCCUCGAAUAGGCUGGUAUAAUCGUUUUGCCAGACAUCCAUACUAUGGGAAAACUGGAGUGAACUCGGGAGUUAUGCUGAUGAACAUGACCAGAAUGAGAAGGAAGUAUUUUAAGAAUGAUAUGACCACUGUGCGACUACGAUGGGGAGAUAUACUGAUGCCGCUGCUUAAAAAAUACAAACUGAACAUUACAUGGGGUGAUCAAGAUCUGUUGAAUAUCAUAUUUUUUCAUAAUCCAGAAAGCCUUUUUGUUUUUCCUUGCCAAUGGAAUUAUCGUCCAGAUCAUUGCAUAUAUGGAAGCAAUUGCCAAGAAGCUGAAGAAGAAGGAAUCUUUAUUCUCCAUGGGAACAGAGGUGUUUACCAUGAUGAUAAGCAACCAGCAUUUAGAGCUAUUUAUGAAGCAUUGAGAAAUUGUUCUUUUGAAGAUGACAGCAUCCAUUCCUUAUUAAAGCCAUUAGAACUGGAACUACAAAAGACAGUGCAUACAUACUGUGGAAAAAUUUACAAAAUAUUUAUCAAACAGCUGACAAAAAGUAUACAAGACCGUUACGACAGACCGCCAAAAGAAAGGUGA